GGGACAGUGUCGCCCCAGUUCCCACUUUCCCUUCGGGUUAUUUCGCCUCGGUCCUUUAUGGAAAAUAGUAACGGCUGUCCAAAGCAAAGAACCAUGGUGCAAGCCAAGACAUGGAUUCUGACCAAGCACUUUGAAGGCUUCCCCAAGGAGAGCGACUUUGAGCUCAGACUGGAGCAGCUACCUGAGCCAAGAGAUGGAGAGGUGCUUUUGGAAGCAGUGUUUCUCAGUGUGGACCCAUACAUGAGACCAUUCAGUCGAGUUCGCAUGAAUGAAGGGGAAGUGAUGAUUGGAGCACAAGUGGCCAAGGUGAUCCAAAGUAAUAACCCAGCAUUUCCAGUGGGCAGCCAUGUUGUUGGUCGUUGUGGCUGGAGGACCCAUACUGUCUGCGAUGGCACCGGCCUGACCCCCAUCAUGGCUGACUGGCCUCAAGACGUCCCCAUGUCCCUGGCUCUAGGUGCCAUCGGCAUGCCGGGGUUGACUGCUCUGUAUGGUAUAGAGGAGGUGUUGAGGCUCCAGGCGGGAGAGACGCUGUUGGUUAAUGCAGCAGCUGGCGCGGUUGGCUCAGUGGUGGGCCAGAUUGCCAAGAUCAAGGGCUGCAAAGUGGUGGGCUCCGCCGGGUCCGACGCCAAGGUUGCCUUCCUCAAGGAGCUGGGCUUUGACGAAGCCUUCAACUAUAAAAGCGUUGGCUCACUGGAGGAGGCUCUGAAGAAGGCCUCCGUGGAGGGCUACGACUGCUACUUUGAGAAUGUUGGAGGCCCUUUCUCCAGCAUGGCCUUGCAGCAGAUGAAGGACUUUGGGAGAAUAGCCGUAUGUGGAAGCAUCUCUGUGUACAACGACACCACACCACAGACAGGUCCGUACCCCCAUCUGACCAUGAUCUUCAAACAGCUGAAGAUGGAGGGCUUCAUGCAGAGUAGAUGGGAGCACAAACACCCCGAGUCCCUCAAGAGACUGAUGGCGUGGAUGAGAGAGGGUAAACUGCAGUGCCGGGAGCACGUCACAAGCGGCUUUGAGAACAUGCCAGCUGCUUUCAUGGGGAUGCUGCAGGGAGAGAACAUUGGCAAGGCCGUCGUCAAAGUAUGAGGUGGAAAAUAAGAAGACGGACUUAUCAGAAACGGGAGCAUGUGGCUAUGCAGCUUCAAGUACCCAGAUAUGUUCGGAUUGUCCAUAACUCAUAUGAACUAUUUUGUAUUGUUAGUCAUAACUUGCGAACAAGAUACUGUUAUGUUAUGUUACUAUACCUCUUUAGUCAAUAGACUUGAAAUAUAGUAAGUAUUGAUAAGUUUGCCCAUGUGCACGUUAGCUGUGCCCUGCCGGGACUUUACAUUUGGUGGCCUUUAACAGUUCUAUUGCAUAUUUCACUCAUGUAUUGUUUACUGCAGAUCCAUUAUUCAUUUCUUCAUCUGUGUCUUUAAAAAAAACCAAACGUUUACUGAGAAUAUUUAUGGUUUUGUUUUCUUCCACCUACCAUUCCUGAGCAUAGUAAAAGAAUAAAUGGUGAAUUUCACUUUGAAGGCUGU